AACGGUAGACUAGUGGUGUACACACAAUCUGGUCGGUCCUCGCUUCGGUCGCUCCUCGGUGUGUCAUCGGUCGAUGAGAGAGCGGGUGAUGAAGAAGAGACUUUUGCCAGGAGUUUGGUGCAAGUAGGGGGAGGCAACGACGAGGCGAUUUGAACUGAAACGGUUCGUCGUCGUGUGAGAUAUGUGCUGCUGGCUGGCUGGCUGGCUGUGGCGUUGGUGCGGUGUGUUGUACCUUCUCGUACAUACAAUUUAGUAGCGACUGAAACGUCGCAGCGUAAACACGAGAUUAUGAGCCCUCCACAGAACGCAUAUACAAAUUAUACUAGAGGUGUAGAGUGUCCCGUGAGUGAGUUGUACAUACAGGCAAAGUAGAAGAAGAAGACACGACCGCGACGAAGAGUGCACCCCUGGCGGCGUGUGCUAAAGACCCCCGUGUGCGUGUGAUAAGCCGAAUUCGCUAAUCAGGCUGGGCCGCGUUGCACCUUGCAUCUCCGCGCGUUCAAUCGUUUCCGGUAUUCGCGUGGCCGUUGCGUUGAAGAACAGUGCAGUGGAAGGGUUCGCGGCGCGCGUUCAAGGAAACUGUAUUGUUCUAGUCUUGGGUGAUCCGCGGAAACACAAAGAACCGUGCAGUGUGCGCACCUGCCUCGAUCGGGCGGCUGGUGAUCGACCACGGUGACCGAGAUACACAAAGGAAUAUACAAAGUAGUGCCCGCCGCAGAAACAACGACCAAGUGCGUACCAGCAGCAGAGUGUCAAGCAAGCAGUUCUGUGUUUUCUACCUAGUUGUUUUGGAGUAAAAUCAAGGUGGAAGACCGCUGCCUGAUGACAACGCGAAGCGCGUUCGCUCGCUAAUGACAAAAGCCUGUUCAGUAGUGCAAUAACAACAACAACAACGAAAACAACGGCCCGAAAUACGCCCACAAAGUUCAUGCUUGAAACAACAACAGUUCGUUCAGUUCCGCAAGUGUAGCAGCACGGUAGUGAAUCAGAGCAAAGUGCAAGCAACUAUCAACGAUUCCAGCAACAGCAAAGGAAAAGCCAAGAGAAGAAAGUGAUUGAUCCUGGAAAACGUUCUGGCGGCGGGAGCAGCGAAUCCCGCACCGGUUACCAAUGUUGUCUUGUCUGGUGCCGCCACGUUUCGGACAAGAAGACAGUGUUGUCAUGCCGUCAUCCGCCACGUUCGCGCUGCAGUUUCCAGCAUUGGCAUCCGGCCUACCGAAAGAUGAUGAGAGUAACACCCCACAGACGGAUUGCUUCCUCCAGUGUCCGCAGUGCCACCAAACGCUGCCGGGAUUUCAGGCACUGAAAGAGCACAUCGCCACCGUGCAUUCCAUGAUCAAGCAAGAGCACCAUGACUCGGCGACGCCCUCCCCGCCGCUAUCGGCAUUCUACCAGCAGUCGUCGUUCCAGCCAAUAGGUAGCAGCCACCAGUCGCUACCCUCGCCACCUGCCUCCACAUCGACGCUGGAAAACAGCCACUGCAACGAACCGACCUCGUCGCUGGCGACUAAUGGCAGCAGAAGUAGUAGUAGUAACAGCAAUAGCAGUAGCAGUAGCAGCAGCAGCAGCAACAGCAGUAGUAGCAGUAGUUGUAGUCGUCGAAGUACCUCGGCAGGUGGUGGUCUCGGUCUCGGUGCCUCCGUUGCCUCUGCCAGCGCCGUCGCCGUCGCCGCCGCCCAGGCCGCUGCCAUCGCGGACGAAGGUGGGCGGUCUAUUAGCCCGACGUACAGCAACAGCAGCAGUAUUGGUGGGGGAAGCAACUGCGGUGGGGUCAUCGGUGGUGGAAGCGGCAGCAACAGUGCAGAACCCUACGCAUGCUUACAAUGCUCCGCCUCGUUCCCGAAUCGUGACUUACUCGAGAAACAUGAGCUGAUGCACGUACCUAACGCCCUGGUGGUAAGUACCUAUAGUUGCUUUCCUCUUCUAUCCUUUUGGGUUUCAGCAGCACACCUGCCUGCUGGAAUGUUGGCUGCCUCGAGCAGCCUCCUUUUUUACGGGGACAUAUUUUUCCAUUUUAUCGACCUGAGAAAUCGCCCACCGUCGUCGACGGACGACGCGGACCGAAGGCCAUAAACCGAAAGAAAGAGUUCACCGGUCGGUCGCGCGCGUUAUCUUCUCUCAUCCACGCUGGGCAGCGAACCGAACCGCGUACGCUCCCUCUCUUCUACGUGUUUCUCUCAAGUACUUCGCUUCCACGACGAUAGUCGAUUCAUAUUCUCACACCAUCAAAAGAAAAAGCAAAAGUUAAUUCUACAUAAGGUGCUUCCCCCACUACCAUUCCUACUCACCUUUUCACCAUUCGUCCAACAUCAUCAGCACACCUUGUCAGGAAUCUUAUGUACCUCUUCUUCUAGUUCUUCCCCGUCGCUCGCAUUCGGCGUCGUUAACCGUAUGAAGAAACUCAACGAAACAACGCACGGGCAAGAUGGCUUCGUUAAGUUAACAAAUUGUUUUACUCGUUGUUUGCCAUCGCAAACAACCAAACAAAAGCUAUCAAAACUUGAGAUUGUUGUUGUCUUGUGCAUUGCUUCGUUG